AUCUAAAAGAAGCGAAGCCUGAUUGGUCAGGGAGACCGUUUACCCGCAUGCGUAGUACGCGUAUUAAAAAUGAUGCGUUCGAGACUAACGGAAAUGUAACGGUUAGGGCAUUGGCGCAGUUCAUUUCAUACGAGUUGUAUUUAACAGUCAAAUAAGAAACAAGAUGUCAAAACGUGUGUGCACAUCCCCUUUCAUUUUGUGAACGGAAGCUGAUUUAAACAUCCUGAGUCUUUAUAUAGAUCCUUGCAAAACGCUCGUCUUUCCUAUUUUCUAUACGUGCAUUUGAAUGUGCUGUGAGAGUUGAGAAUGUUUCGUAUUUGGCUCUCCAGUUUACUGAGAGCACUUGAAGGCAGCACGAGAAGGAACAGGAAAUAAGAGCUCUGUUUUGGACAGACCAUGGACCUAUAACUAGGGACAGACACUUUUGCCCCAAGCAAACGGUGCAUGACAAAUUAUUUCAUCCAUCCUGCUGUCCUGCCAGAUCUUCUUCCUCCCAAACCUCCAGCCCUGAGCCUGGACUCUAGUCCUCACAAUGGACAACCUGGAGGAGGACCUGACGUGCUCCGUGUGUUACUCUCUGUUCUCUGACCCACGAGUCCUGCCGUGCUCACAUACCUUCUGUAAGGCUUGCCUGGACAACUUGCUCCAGGCGUCAGCCAACUAUUCCAUCUGGCGCCCGCUCCGCCUGCCGCUAAAGUGCCCCAACUGUCGCAGCGUGGUGGAGCUGCCCCCGACGGGCGUAGACGCUCUGCCCACCAACGUAUCUCUGCGGGCCAUCAUUGAGAAAUACCAGAGUGACAGUGAGCCGCGACCCCCGUCCUGUCAGGAGCACCACAGGCAGCCUCUGAACAUGUACUGCAUCCAGGAUCGGCAGCUGAUCUGCGGGCUGUGUCUGACGGUCGGACAGCACCAGGGCCACCCCAUAGAUGAUCUGCAGGCGGCGUUCAUCAGAGAAAAGCAGACUCCAUCAUUACUGCUGGCCAGACUCUCUGAGCGCAGAUGGGCGCAGGUGUGUGAGCUGGGGGAGCAGCUGGAGCAGGAGAAGGCUCGCUGCGAGGGUUUGGUGAGGCAGGACCGACAGGAGGUCAAUCAGUUCUUUCAGAGGCUGGAGGAGGUGCUGACAAGGAAGAAACAGGCCUACCUGGAGGCCCUGGAUACAGCUGGGGCGGAGGUGUCCCGAGCCUACGACCCUCUCAUCCACAAAGUAAAGGAGCUACAGGAGGAACAGUUGGACCUGGUGUCAUUGGGUUCGUCAGUUGACGAGGAGGACUCGCCGCUGGUCUUCCUGGAGAAGGUGCAUUUGUUCAGAGAGCGGGUGGAGGAGUUCAUUACGACCCCUCUUCCCUCGGUGAUCAACCUCUCCGUCACGCCACGGGCAGCAGAGUACCUCCAGCAGCACUGGCCUGCCGUGACCAUCGGGAGCCUGCCGGAAGCGCCCGUCCCUAAGAUGUGCUGUUGUGCCAGAUGUGGCAGCGUGGAGGCUGGUGUGGAGACCGAAGCAGGGAGGGAUCAGAUCGACCUGUGGUGUGAGCUGCGGCCCACUUCUUCUGUGGUGCUGCUGGGGCUGCUGCUGCUGCUGGCGGCGCUGUGGUACAACCCGGUCGGAGGGGCAUCACUUGGUUUCUCUCUCGUGUCUCGGUUCAGUCAGUUAAUCCACGGCCUGAGCAGCGAAAUGAUCACAUCUCUCUGCGACACGGCAGAGUCGACAUACGCGGUGGUGGAGGCUGCUGUUGAAAGAUGGAGCUCUCACCUCUCGUCAGUGGGUGAAAAGGCGUUUCAGCAGCUGGCUGCCUUAUUUAAAACUCUGACAUCCCAUUGAAGAGACCAAAGUGUCGAUAAAGUCUCACAUAUUCCUGUAAAAGGAAAAAAAUCCACCCUCUCAAACACCUGCUGUUUAUGAUUUUGCAUUCCUGGGCCCAUUGUAAUGUUUUAUCCAAAACAGUCAUCUGAGGAUGGAUUUUUCCUCAAGCCUCUCCUCAAAGAUUCACAGAAGUCCUAUGCAGACCUAUGGAAAGCUUCGGACAUAAAUGCUGACUGAGAACCGAAAACAAAGAAAAAUAGUUUAUAAAGAUAGUUUAUAUAAUAAUAAAUUGAGCACAGUUAAUGUAGCCGUCAGUCUUUUUAUAUAUUUAGUGUUCAAGUUAAUUAUUUUAUGUUAUGAUCAAACUGUCUAAUAAAACACAUAUCAAACCAAACACUAACAAAAAACCCUACAUUCAGGUGUGCACAAAGCAAAGUAGAAAUGUAUGCAACUGUUAAACUGGUGCCUCGACACUCUGAAGUCACAUUUCCCAUCAUGCAAUGGGACAUUGCAGUAGCUUUCCCGUUGUGUCAGAAAGCCCAGGACAGCAGCACAGCUGCACAUGUAUCUCCUUACACAGGACUGUUUACAGUACAUGAACUUAAGAGCCCGGUGAGUGGAACCAGACACACACCUGCCUCUGACCUGACUCACAGGCCGCAGGUUGUGUUGCAGUGCUGCACAGCUCCGAGUGGCUCCAUUACUGUGCCUUUACCCAUCAUGCCUUUAACUCUCUGAUGCAACAGCCUUAUUGUAGUGACCUGUGAUAAAUCCACCAGGAUCUUUGCUCAGGUUAAGUCUACUUCAAAACUUAUGCAAGUCUUUGGAUAAAAGCUUUAUCAGUGCACUCCAUAAAUGCUUUAUUUCAUUUUGUUUCUUUUAUUUUGAGGAAUCAGAAUGCUGCUUUCCUAAACGUUAUAUGCCUGUAUUAGUUGAAGACAUUUCAGUGAUUUUUCUAACAAAUGUCGUCACCCAGCUGUGACCUUCUCAUUUCCUGUAUUUUAGAUAAGUGUCUUAAUAAAUAUGAUUUGUUUUA